UUGGACGCCAUUUUUUAAUUUGAAUUUUGGGACAAUUUUAUUUUAGUUGCAAGGCAAUAUGGAUUCAUUGAAGGCUUCAGGUGAUAAUAAUAAAACUUCCCCAAGAUGUGUUCCAGAGAAAGAUAUAGCGCAUGAAAAAGAAAAUGUUCUUAUGCCUGAAGCUGAUGAUUCCGAAGUGAAAGCGAACGAAGAGAAACCGAAGGAUAUAACUCCGCAAAUGAUCGAAGAAAACGAGUUGAAGUUGAAAGACAGAAUUGCUCAAUGUCGCAAUAUUAUUGAGUCUCUAAAAAUGGAACUGAGUAAAGAGAAAUCUAAAUUAGAAAAACAGGCGAAAAUGCCACAACUGCCUUCAGUGUCCGGCUCGGUGCCAGUGUAUCAUGACCUGAAGUGCGACGUGGAUAUUAUGGGAGAUAUCAACUCUACGAGUAUGUACAGCGCAUGUGUUGAUAGCAAACUGAAUUGCGAUGAAAGUCUUAUUGAAUAUGAAAAGCAGUUGCAGAAAUAUCAAAACACGCUGAAUAUGGCUCAAAUAGAAAAGAAAAACGCAAUAAGAAAGCAAAUGUUGGCGAAAGCCUACAAGCUGAAGUUAUUAGAAGUCGAAAACCAAUGUAACAUUGAAUUGCUACGAGUAAAGCAGAGUCUUCAAUGUCUAGAGCCACUGCAAAUGAUAGCUAAUAAUUGGAAGAACUCGCCGAACGAUUCUGCCUAUGACUUGAAUAAUUACGAGCUGAUCCCAAGAUACCCGGAGUUAAACGCUCAUUCGGGAAGUGAUAUCAAUUCUUACAGAGACGAUUGUGACAAGCCUUCACCUGACAAAUCGGGGAUUUGCUGUAAAGAGGAUUCGUCAUCUUCGGAAUGUUGAUUAAAUUUUGAUACCUAUCACGCGAAAAGUUUAUUGGAAAUUAAAAUGAAAAAUUUAUUGCGACAUUGUGUUUCUUUACAGCUAGAGCUUUUCCACAUUCACCGCCCGCUUUUUUCACUGAUUUGAAAUCGUAAUCUGAUUCAGUAACUGUAGGAGGGUAGGCACACCUUUUUACCGUUCAGUUAUCCUACUGCUGUACCCUCUGUUACAACUAGGAGUUUCUAUAAUAGCAAACCAGUAAAUGUAGAGACCUUUCAUAACUCUAUCUUC